AUGGAACCUCAUUCGUGUGUGGCUUGCCAGUCAAGACUAAUCUUCACGUUAAAAAAUCAUGCCGUGGAAUCCACAACAAAAGGAUGGUACGAAUACAUCAACGAGAAUUAUUACACUGCAGGGCAAGCAUACGUCUUCAACAUUAGCUACGAGCAAGCAAUAUCACAAGCUCGACGCGGAUGCGAGCUUUUCAUGUGGCUUGUGACUCUUCGCCGUCCGGAUACACGCUUUGGGAGUUUUUUGCGGGCAUAUCUUCUGGGCACCGAGGAGGAACAGCUUGUGCUUGACUGGGUGAAUGAGUUGAAGGACCAUAUCGAUGGAGCUACUCCAAAUGCGCAGGUCAUUAUUUGCGCUGAUGAAGGGGAUGCUGCUGCUUCUGAAAUAACUCACCGUCCACCUAACUGGGACCCUGCUUCAAAACCUUCAAUGCAGAAGAACCGAGACUGGUUAGAUGCUUGUGAUGGAUCUCAUAUAGAAUGCCAAAAUCUACGAAAAACACUCCCGGCUAAUCAAAACGGUUCCAAGACAUUAGCAAUACCUCGACGACUGAUAGAGAUUACCAACUUUACCCCAACUCCAACGCUACGCUUGAUUGAAACAGACACAUCAAGGAAGAGACCUUACACAGCGCUAAGCUACUGCUGGGGCGGGGAUCAGAAACUGAAACUACUCCAACAAAACAUAGUUUCUCUGUCGACAGAUAUUCCGUACUUGAGUCUUCCGAGCACAAUACGUGAUGCAGUCCAUGUCUCCACUGAGCUCGGAUUCGAGCACAUCUGGAUCGACGCUUUAUGUAUUAUCCAGGACUCCGACCACGACAAGAUGGAAGAAAUUUCGAGAAUGGGCGAAAUCUAUGAACAAGCAGCCCUCACAAUCUCCGCUGCCCGCGCAAAGGCCGUGGACGAGGGUUUUCUCAAGAGUCGAUAUAUUCCAGGUGAAAGGGGUUUUCGAAUACCCUACUUAUGCCAAGAUGGGAAGAUAGGUUGCGCUAUAUUUUGGAAGGGAAGGGAGCCAGGAUUUUGGGACCCAAUCCAUCAAAGAGCAUGGUGUCUUCAAGAGUCUAUCCUAUCACCCCGUGUUCUCGAAUUCGGCACACACAACACCCGAUGGCACUGCAUCCAGAAUAGAAAUGAAGAUUCAAGCCCGGAGUUUGACGGGUGGAUUGGGGAUUCCCGCAUCUUUACGCGACACCACAUUUCUAGUCGGUUAGUUCAAGGAAUGCAUUGGGCUGCCCUUGAAGACCCAGAUGUAUUCACCAGCAUGUGGGAGAGCUUGAUAAUGCAUUAUACAUGUCGAGGGAUAGGGUUCCAAGAAGAUAGGCUUCUGGCUAUUUCGGCAAUUGCGAGGAAGAUGGGCCAUAUCCCACAGAAAGAGUACAUGGCCGGGCUGUGGCAGGAAGGCUUAACCCUCAUUAUGUGGAAGCCUUCGGAUGCUAAGCAGAGCCAGAACAACGGGGACAUCAGGCCCAAAACUUACGUGGCGCCUUCUUGGUCAUGGGCAUCUAUUGGGCGCGCGGUGGAGUUUCCUAAUACUACGUUAUUGCACGACUUGAAGAUUAUAGAUGUUGAAAUCAGAACCCCCAUCCCGAGCGACGAGUUCAGCGCCGUGAUCAGCGCUACACUGACGAUACGUACGUUGGCUGUGCCUUGUCGUUUUAAACAUACUUCUACGACAGUAUGGAGCCAUGGUUUACAACAGGAGUUGGGGAUUUUCGCAGAAUUCGACCUUGGUGAUCAAUAUGUCCUGGACGUGCAAGAUGAUGGGGAGGGUGUGCUGGCUUGGAUAUCAACGCAAGGAGGCCUCGUACUAAAGAAACAUGCGGAGAGUGUGUUCUAUUCACGUGUCGGCGUAUUCAGCGAGAAUUUUGGUUUUGAAUUCUCUGAAUGCGACAGGAAGGAGAUGGAAGUGGUAAUCAUUUAA